AUGGUUCAACAUCUUCCCAAAGGUUCUAUUAGUUCAUGGGAGGAUCUUGAGAACAAGUUUAGAGCUCGAUUCUUCUUUGAUGAUAAAACGGUGGAAGUAAGAGAUGAAUUUCUUAGCUUUAAGCAAUAUCCAGAUGAGCAUCUCUAUGCAACUUGGGAGAGAUAUAAGAUGUUGAUGAAGAAAUGCCCUAAUCAUGGGGUGGAUAAAUGGGUAGUGAUUCAGAUCUUUUGUAAUCAUCUGAAUCUAUCUUCGAAAGCCAUGGUUGAUUCUAUCACAAAUAAGAGAUAUCAAAAUGUGCCUGUUAAUGAAGUUUUUUGCCUCUUAGAUCAAUUAUCUGUGAACAACACUCAAAACAUGGAUAGAAGGAAUACAUUAAUAAUGACUAGUGCUAAAGAUAAUUCCUCUUCCCAGAUUGUAUCCAUCUUGAAUGCAAUGAACAAGUGUUUUGAUAUGUUGGAAUUUCAAAUGCAAAGGGGAAAUUCUUAUAAUGUGCAUGCUGUCCAAGCCAUUCCAACUAUAUGCAAUCAAUGCAAUGAUGUUCAUUUGCCCAAUCAAUAUCCUCUUUAUAUGACCCCUGAGUCUGUCAACUAUAUGGGAAAUUCUUCAAAUCAACCUUCAUCUUCCAAUAUUAAGCCAAUUCACCCUCCGAGUUUUCAAGCUCCACCAAAGCCAAUGCCAGUUAAGGAAGAGGAGUCUAGAAUGGAAAAGAUGUUAGCACAAAUCUUGAGUAAUCAAGAGUCUACAAGAGUUGAAACUAAGGCAACUCUUACUCUUCAUGAUACCACAAUUAAGAAUCUUGAAGUGCAAAUGGGACAAUUGGCUUCACAAAUAAAUGCUAUGUCAAGAAGCAAUCUCCCUAGUGACACCAUUCCAAGUCCUAAAAGGGAUGGUAAAGAGGAGUGUAAAGCAAUCACUUUGAGAAGUGGGAUGCAAUUACCCAAAGUUCUUAUAUCAAGUGCAAGUGGUAUGAGUAGUAGUGCUACUAAGGUGGUUGUUGAUAAUGAAGUGAUUAAUAAAGAAAUUGUGGUUAAAAAGUGUGACAACUCGAAGAAUAAUCAAGAAAAGAAAAAGAAUGAAGAUCAAGCCAAAAAGGUUGGUGAUGAGAAAAAGCAAUAA